GUCUCUGUCCUCUGAUAUAAACACGGUCGUCAGCCAAUCAGAGCGCGCGUUAUAUAUGAAAAAUUUUAUAUGUAUCUUAGCGGUGAGAAUUGCUUCGAACGACUGUAGAAGGUAUAGUACAGGUAAUUAUCGGAUGUUACUAAAACUAGGAAUGGGGAAUGAGGAAUGGAGGAAUGGGGAAUGGGGAAUGAGCUUCGUACUGGUCAGCGGUCAUACUAAUAAAAGCUGCCGUGGGCUUCCUGUGGAUGCUGAUCAUGCGUGUCGAGCCUUUUUUUUCCCGCCUCUUUCAUCUGGAAUGCCAAACAUGGCUUCUUCUGACUUGGUAGACAUUGAUUCGGACAGUUCAGAUUCUGUACUCCCUGAGGUAUCAUGGCUGACACCAUGUGCAGAGAAGGAUUACAAGGUCAAAAUGGAAGUCAUUGAAAUAUUCAGUUCCCCUGAAACCACACCUAUAAAAAACACUCCAGUUAUUACCCAUCAAGCACCACAGGGGUAAGUAGAUUAGGAGGGAUUUAUGUCUUUUUGAA